GGGAGAGUGGAUAUAGUGAAUGCGAGGUCCGGGGAGACCAGAUAUAGUGAAUGCAGGGUCCAGGGAGAGCGGAUAAAGUGAAUGCGAGGUGCGGGGAGAGUGCAUAUAGUGAAUGCAGGGUCUGGGGAGAGUGGAUAUAGUGAAUGCGGGGUCCGGGAAGAGUGGAUAUAGUGAAUGCAGGGUCUGGGGAGAGUGGAUAUAGUGAAUGCGAGGUCCCGGGGAGACCAGAUAUAGUGAAUGCAGGGUCCGGGGAGACCAGAUAUAGUGAAUGCGGGGUCCGG